AGGAAUGCUUUUCCUGCUUUCAAUGCACCAUAGAAUGGGAGUAUGUUUGAUUUGUAUUUAAGGUAUCCUUUUACUCACCAGCCAGCAGAUACCUUCACCUCCUGCAAGAGUUUGUUUGCAAGAAAAAUGAAGCGGAAUAUUUUCUCAGUUGUAAGUGGCCUCAAGGCAAGGAGUGGCACAAUCUGCUGUUUUUUGUUGCUUGUUGUCAGCGUGACUUUAUUUUUGAGUCUCAUGAAGAUCAUCGUCCCUGCGGACUACCUGCCGGUGUCCAAUGGAAAAUUGCUGAGACAGAGCAUCAAUUUAGACAACACACUUAACUUUGGUUUUCAUUUUCUAUUCUUGGAAACAUCUUGGAAAGCUCCUAUCAUCUGGGAAGGGAUGUUUGACCCCAAUCUUUUUGACCAAAAACACAUCCAAAGCCAGUCAUCUGUGGCCCUCACCGUGUUUGCUGUGGGAAGGUACCUAGAUGCCUACCUCGGAACUUUCAUUACCUCUGCAGAAAAACAUUUUAUGUUGGGAUUACAAGUGACAUAUUACGUGUUCACGGAUCAAGCAGAUAAGGUGCCGAUCAUCGAGCUUGGUCCUCGGCGAAGCCUGAAGGUUAUCCAGGUGGAAAAGCACUCCAGGUGGCAGGACAUCUCUAUGAUGCGCAUGAAAACUAUAUCAGAGGCCAUAGAAUCAGAGAUUCGUCCCCACUGCAAUUAUGUCUUCUGCUUUGACGUGGAUCAGGAGUUUAAGGGAAGAUUUGGCUCAGAGGCUCUGGGGGAUUCUGUGGCUUUACUACAUGCGGGGUAUUUUAAUGUUCCAAAGGAUAGGUUCACCUAUGACAGAAACCCCAAAUCCAAAGCAUAUAUGGAAACCGGAGAUUACUACUACCAUGCUGCUAUCUUUGGAGGCUUGUGUGAAAAUGUGAAGGAUUUGGCAGAUUACUGCUUUCUGAGUAUCAUGGAGGACAAACUAAACAAUGUGGAGGCUUUGUGGCAUGAUGAGAGUCAUCUAAACAAGUACUUUUGGCUUCACAAACCAAGCAGGCUGGUCUCACCCGAGUACUGCUGGAACCCGGGUAUGAAUGACGAAAGGGACAUAAAAGUCAUCCGCCUAAUAUGGGCUCCAAAACAUUAUGACACACUUCGUACUCGGUAGAGUGGCGAGAAGAAACAACUUUCCUGAAAAUCCAACUCAUGUAAAUAUUAAUGGUUGUUUUUGUGUACAAGAAUGUGUAACAAGGAUUAUGCUGACAAAAGACAUGUCAAAUUUUAGUUAUUAAAUAUUUUAAAGAUGUCUUCAGUAAAUGUUUUUAGGUACCAAAAACACAAAUUGGUGAAAACAAAAAACCAAGAUGGCAAAUGCGAGGCUUCAAACCAUAGUCCAAAAACCAAUGAAAAAAGUCAUGUCCCUCCAUCAACUUACUAUAUACAGUACAUAGGGAUAUAGACUGCUCAUUCUAAGUGGUACAGGCCAUUGAAUCAGAGUAGUAUGCCUUUCAUAUCAGUGAUAUGUCUAUAUAUAUAUAUUAUCCUCAUGAGUUCAGUUAAGCCGGUCAUUAAAGAUGUUAUGACUUCAUUUGUUUUCUUCUAAACAUGCAGUACAUUGUGAGUUUUGUGAUGUAAUACAAAUGUCCCUU